CGUAGAAAGAAAGAUAUGAAGCGAUUUUAAUCUCUUAGUUUAAGGGAAGACAGAGUGCAUACACCGACGCCAUUGUGAUCGAUUCUGAGCCAUGUCACCAAGAGUCUCCAACCAUUGGUUACGAUAGUCACACGGACCCCAACCAAGUAGUCUGCAUCUACCAACAUGGAUCAGAUUAGAAUUUAAUGACUUCAAGCACUGAUGCCACGUUUUGGUUUGGCCGCCCCUAACUUUCUUCCAACCAUCUCCAACACCGGUUAGCAUUGCACUUCGUGGUAAUCGGUGUUCAGGCAUACGUAACACGUGGCCCAACCAUCUCAGUCGAUGAAGAUUCACAACCUCAUCAACUGAUUUACCAUCAUUCCCUAAUGCCCUGCGUCUAACCUCGCUAUUACUUACCCGGUGAUCCCAGUAGACGCCAACAAUAUUUCUAAAGCAUCUGUGGUUGAAUACUAGUAGCUUACGACUAUCUUCUACUCUUAAUUGCCAUGUUUCGCUGUCGUGAUUUAAAACAGAACGGACUGCCGCGCAGUAUACUCGUCCUUUUAUUGAUAGACGGAUAUUUCUCCUUCGCCAAAGGUGACGUAAGUUGGCAAAAGCCAAACGAGCUUUCCAAAUUCGUGCUGAGAUUUCGUCAGACACCAACCCAUUAGGGCUGAUCAGAUCUCUGAGAAAAGUGACGUUUUCGAUGCGUUCGACUACUUCAUUCCCUAUCCUUAGUUCAGGUGUUGACGCAGACCAGUCCUGAAGGAACAACUUGCAUUUAGAGUGGGAGAUAUGCGUCGUGAACAUCCAGGCAUUGGUGUUCAGUGCUGGCAUUAGAUUCUGAAUUUUACCAGAGUCUUCACCAAACAGGACUAUAUGAUCUGGGUAUUCUAAAUUGAUAAGUGUACCUUCUGGUUGGAACAUGAUUGAGAGUUGAAAUUGACUAUAGCGGCUUUUUAAAAAAUAUUUCUGUUUACGCUAUAGUGGAUGAUGUAUUCAUAUCUACUACCGCUGUUAAGACGAGAUUAUCUCACUCACUUUUCAUGGCAUUCACUGUCUAACUACAAAGUAAACUGGACAUUGAUGUGGCGAGUUAAUUACUUCUCAAAAUACAGUAAAAAAUUGUUACGCAAAUGAGUUUUUGGGAUAAAAGUGAAAUUUCAGUGGUAAAAUAUGUUCAUUUGAAUACCUGAGAUCAUGAUAAGAACACUAGAUACCGAAUGAAUUUAUAUUAACCGAGAAAUAUGCAUACAACACAAAAACGGUACUGUACUCAGAAUCAGCCGACAACAGUCACAAUUGAUUCUUCUGUUAAUGAAAUGGAAAAUGAAGACUGGAAUAGAUUUCUGGAAAAUGACUUUACUAAAUUUAUGGGGAUUACUUCACGGCAAAAUUAUCCAUUUAACGAUCAAUCUAUUAUAUAUAAUCCAAAUGAUACCAGUACUACUUCUAAUAUCAUUAAUAAUAACAACAUUCCUAUCACAUAUAAAAUGAAUGAUAAUAAUAAAAGUGGCAGUGUAAAUAAAAAUAUUUUGGGACACGUCAAGGAGUUGCGAGAAAAUUGUUCUAAUGACAAUAAUCUAGAAAUUACUCCCAAUUGUGAUUGCUCAGAUAAUGAUCUAUCAUGGACAAAGGAUGUUUUCAAUUCAAAGCAUUAUACCACUAGCUCUCUUGCUUUGACAAGUGGAUUUAUCAAUGACACAAAAAUACAAAAUAAUCAUCCAGUCAGUAAUGAAUUUAUUUCUGGUGAGGAUUAUCAACAAUCUAACUAUCUCUAUGAUCAACAUUUUAAUUCUACACCUGUACAAUUAUGUUCACAAACUGAUUAUUCUGUAAUGAGAACUGUGAAUUAUCCUUAUAUUAUUAAUAACGAACAUCCACAUUAUCUUAGUGAGUACAUUCAAUCAAGUGACACAGAGUAUUCAAAUUAUCAUAAUAAUCUUCAUAUGGAUUUAAGAUCAAAUGUCUCUGAUUUUACCGAUACUAGUAUUGCUAGUGAUCCAGAUUAUCAGAACCAAAGCGAAUCGAAAGCAAAGUCAUCAUUCAUGUUUUUAAAUGAUUACUUAUGUGCACCACAAGCACCAACCAUAGAAAAUUUAAAGUCAUGUAAUCCUUUAAGCCAGGAAGAUUCCUUUGAGAAUGGAUGGCUUGAUGGUCAAAACAGAACACAUUAUUGUGCUAACUGGUCAGUCGAUUGGACAAAUAAUACUGAGUCAAAUAGUCGACCAAACUAUCACUCAUGUAAUUCAAAGCAUAUUCCUAUAAACUUUGACAGUUUCCGAUGUCUAGAUACCGGUUCAGAGACACCCAUUCCUAACGCUUUCAACUUGUCGAGUGGUGCAUACUUUUGGCUAUAUAACUCCCAGUGCAAAGGUCCAAAGGCCUCUCCAUUAAUAAGCUUGACAAACACAAUGGUUUUGAAUAAUUCAGCUGAAGAUGAUCAAUCAAGUUUGACAGAAAAUUGUACUUCAAGUGUCUAUCAAGAUGAUUUCGUGUCUUCUAGUGCUUCUUCUCGUGUUAUUAAUCCAGUAAUACAUUAUCCUAUAUCCCCAUUAUCCUUGCCAGGAUAUCCAUUCGUCGUUUUUGAAGAUCCUGUUCAAAGAAGAUAUGAUUUAGUUCAUUGCUCAAAAUUGCGUCGAGGUGACGGUAAUGAUGUGACUCCAAAUUUAAUGCGUUUGCGUUCUAUGGGAGAAGAACUUGCUCAUUUGAAUAGAAAUAUCACAGCUCAAGGUGAGUUGAUUGCUACAGGUGCAAGUUCAGUGCUUGAUCAGCCAGAUAUGAAUUUGGAUUUUAAGGUGAUUCAGGAUCUUUCUGGGAGUAUCUUCAAUUCCAAAAUAGUUGAACAGGCAAAACGCGAAAAAAACAAGUUGGCUAGCAAGUAAGUCUUAUUAUACUAGAUUUCAGGAGUUAAAUAUUUUAAAUCAAACAUAUUCAUUGCUUUGAGUGAAGUAACAGGCGUCCACUUUUUAUCAUUUAACUAUAGACAUCAUGAUCAAUAAAUUGUCUAUUUACUGCAGGUCGACAUGAAAACAUUCCCUGUUAUUAUACUCAUUGAAAACAUAGAUCAAAAGAAAACAAAUAAUUCAAAAAUAUAUUUUUCGAUUAUUCACAUCACGGAUUGACCUUGGUUUUACGAUCAUCAGGAAGCACAAGAUAUAUAUUUUAUCAUUUGGUUGUACAUUUUCAGUAAUGUCAAUUCAUGUUCCUAUUGGGGAUCAAACUAAAACCCGUCAAGUCUUUCAGUGAGCAUUUAAACUUUAGCAUCCAAUGGUUUGUACAUUUAACCUCAAUCAAUUUGAGACAUUACGCAGCCAUCAUUCAGUGUCCACGGUGACGAAUUACUUCAUACUUGACGUGGUUGAACUUCACUAGCCAUGGCUAUUCACUAGAACUACUGUAAUUACCUCAUGAAACUAGCCGAUAUGAGUACACGAUUCUUAUCAUUCUAUAAAAGGUUUGUGGGGAAUGUUAAGGUUUGGAGUUAACAUGAACUGAUCUUUGUUAGAUAUGUAAAUCAUUUGAUGUCUGCUCAGUGGUCUAAAGGUUAAGUUCACACUGAAAGACGUGGAGGUUUUUAGUUCGAUUCCCGAUGGGGUCAUAGAUGGACAUUGUUGAAAAUUCCAUACUACGAUGAAUUAUAUAUCCAUUCCUUCCUGAUUUUCAACAGUUGUUUGACUAAAAUCAGUCCUUGAUAUGCACCAUAAGAAUUAGCAAUCUUCACAAAUCUACUAUCUGGUGAGAAGAUUUUUAAUGCAUUUACUUCAACCAACUUGCUCAUAGGUAAAAUGGCUCAGAAACAUAGAACUUCCUGUCAAAAUGUAUUAAUUUCGCUGCUAAAAAGAUCCAAAAUUAAUAAGUCACGCUGAAAUAAGUGUCAACAAUAUUUAUUGUAAAAUGGAAAAUUAAAGAUAUGAUAAUAAGAUGGUGAAUAUGUCAGAGAAGAUGAAUAACUAACCUUUUGACUGUGAUAGUAAACCUAAAUCAUGUAAUUUGUGCUUAUAUCUUGGAAGUUGACUUGUUUCUUAGUAAUUCAUAACUACAAUCAGUAAUUUAUUGACAUUAAUGUACAUCACGAAGUGUUUACUUUUACAGUUUUUCAACGUCAUUGCAUUUUCGAUAGAUUCGAACGUCAUUACAGACCGUACUUUCCAUUAGUAUUUAGGAAUUCUGGUAUUUUAUUCUACGUUGAUGUCUUGAUUAGUGAGAAUGUUAUAGAGAUGAAAUCAGCGUUUUCGGUCAAAAUUGUUUGAAUGAUUUAGAUAAUCUAACUACCGUUAGAGCCGUAUACAAGAGUCUGUGGUGUAAGAAAAAAAUCCCGGAACCUUUAUGAAACUCCUAUACUAGUAACAUUCUUGUUUUGUUGUAGAUAUGGUUGGUCAAAAACAUAAAAAAAAUCAUUUUAAUGUAAAGGUAAUCAAAUGAAUAGUUUUGGGGAUAGACUCAGAAGUAACUCAUAUAUAUUUGAUGUCUGUUCUUACUUAGUAAAGGUAUUUUCAAUAUAGGGAUUACGUAAUCAGUGAAGUGCUUUAUGUAAUAAAAAUUGUAUCCUUUAAUAACUUAAAGAAUCGUUGGAAAUUACGUUACCAGUGGCUAAGUGUUGAUUAUCUAUUCUUAAAUGUCUCGCGUUGGACGUUUCCUAUGUUCACAAUUACGUAAAGAAAUAGUUAAUUCAACAGAUCAGUGAACUAUCCUUACAAUCUUUAAGAAUUCUGAUUAGAGUAGAUAAUUUUAUGGUAUAGAAACUAAAGCAUUGUGGUUAAAAUCGUUGAAACAGAAAUCAUAUUCAAAAUCUGUUUUUGAUCAAAGACUGUAAAAUAAUUAUUGUUAUUGUUUAGAUGUGUCAGAAAAAUCUUCAAUUCUUUAAGGUGCUUGUAGAACUGUUGUGACAAGAACACAAGUGGGGACAACCAGAGUAUCUCGAUAAAAUAUAAGAACCAUACACUGUAUACUUUGUUUGCAAAUAUCCAUCAGCUGUCCUUCACAUUCUGUUUGAUUCUUCAAGUUCAUAACUUCUUUAUAUUUUCCCUUUCAUUCUAUUCAACUCGAUCUUCUUGGCCUUCUGAUGCCAAGUUUUCCACUUCCUAUAUGUGUUAUAUGCUACUUAUGUCUGCCUGAAAUUAUCAGAGGGUAUUCAUCAUUUUACGUAAUAAAUCAGAUCAAUGACAUGUGGAUAUGAAAUAUGUUAAUUUCUAGUGUCAUAUCUGUAAAUGAAAAUUUAAUGAUUACAUGCAUACUAUGAAUCAUAAGAUUAUAACUAAAUUUCAAAUUGAUAGUUUUUAAUAUAAUAUUAAAAUAAAGAUAUGUUGUUCAGGUGAAUGCUUUCGAUAUAAUAUUGUAUGGUUUGAUACAUAUGUAUUUAAUACGCAGAAUAUUACAUAAAUUGUGAAAAUCACCUUUUAACAGAUAUAAUAUAUAGAAAAAAGGUCUUAUCUGAUUUAUCAAUACAUCAAGUUGAGCUGUAACAAAGAUUAGUGCAGAAUAAUGUGAAUUCAUUUUGUUUCGUCAGGUUCUCAUCAGCUGCUUACAACCUAAAAUAUUUGAAAAUCAGAGUUAUUUCAGAUAUUGACAUUGUCAAUAUUUAAUUUGAACGGAAACAUGCACACGUUUUCUGAGGAGACAGCAGUGAUAUCCAGUACGCGUUCCAUUUCGUCCUAUUUAAAACUCAUCAGCUGGAUGUAACUGCAUCCCAGAGUUCAUGUUCACUUCAGGACUCAAACCCAGUACCAUUCGCAUCAAACAUCAAUGGGAAGAUUCAAAUAAACAAUACAAAAUGAAUUAUAAUCUCACUCUUAUGAAUAAGUAAGUGACCAUCAGGACUCAGUAGCUAGGUGGAUAACGCGAUGAUGAUUGAAGUGGACGGUACUGGGUUCGAGUUUCGGUGUGAACACCAACUCUGGGAUACAGGUAAGUCCAUCUGACGAGUUCUUAAUAGAAGGAAACGCUCGUCCUGGAUUACAUUGCUUGCCACUAACCAUAUUUGCAUAUAAUGAUUGUGUUAAUUUAUUUCGGUUAUUUAUUUACCUGACGAAGUGGCUUACAUUAGGUCACGAAAAGUCGGAAAUAAAAUUUUCUACUCAUUGCGAUAUAAUAGAAAAUAUAUUUAUUAUUAACUUUCUACCAGAUGCUCAGUUUAUUCAAAACUAUCAAGUCCAACCUUGACACUGAUAUAUAUAUCCUUUGUCAGCAUAUACAACAUGUAACAUAAUCUAUGUUUUAUAUAGUAGUAAUUCACAGAAACUAAUAUACGCAACCAAAGUGUAAUAUAUUCCUGUGAACUACAAAUUAAUUAUUUCCAGAUUACAAGUGUGAAGGUAUUUCAGCAUCAUUUAUCUAUUUUUCCAAACUUUGGUGGAUGGGCACCAGAUAAUAAUUUAAGCUAGUUUCCUUAUUCAAACUCAAAAUAUCUCCUUUUCUAUCAAUUCUUGAUUUCUUAAUUAUUAGGUUCCCUUUCUUUAUACAUAAUUAUUUGUUAUAUUCUUCAUAGUUUUUAGUAUGAAUUUGUCAUCUAGAUUUUAGUGUUAUUCUCAUGUUAUAAUUGAAGGCUUUGAGUCUUAUACAAGUGUGGAAGUUACUUGUUGAAAAGCGACUCCCACUAAGUAUUUCAAUAUAAAAUUCUACAAAAUAAAUUUCUAUCAGUUAAUUACUUUAUACUGGAUUUGUCUGAUCAAUCUGACUAGCAGUAUUAAGUAUGCAUUGUUUCCAUCAAUAAGGUCUUCAAUAGUUUAUUCGAAAGGAUUUUAUAAAAAACAAUAUCAUGGGAAAUUUUAUAGCGAUUAUCUUUUUAAGCCAUAAAUGAUAUCACGGAAACUAUCACGUUGAUAAUUUGGUCAUUGUAAAUUAUUGUCUUAUUUGAUUAUUAUUAAAAAGAAUUUUGUAUUCAUUUUUCUAUUGAUAAUUCAAUGACCAUCUUAUUUGUCUUUAUCUUUAUCUACAUUUAUUCAUUGAAAUCAUGACUCACGAAUUCGAUAAUAAUCUUUUGACUGGAAUAUAUUCAUUGUUUUACUCCUUUCACCAUUCAUGUAAUUUAGUAUCGUUUUGUUAGAGUUCCCUUAGUACGUAUAUAUAUAUAUAUAUAUAUAUAUAUAUAUUUGUGUGCCCAUUGACGAACUGUUCGUUUACAAAUAAACUCAAUGAUGAAAGAACAAUAUAAUGGCACUAAUCUUAGAGUAAUCUAAUUAGAACUUUGUGUGAAAGAAACGAGUAUUGAGAUAUUCAUCAGGAAAAUAAUUAAUGCUAAUCUCUUCGGAUAUUCUAUUACGUAAUUUGUCGAAAUUCGAUCACAUUCACGCUAAUUCUGUUUUCUUCAAUUUAUAUAAUAGUUCCUAUUGUCUUAUAACACGUAGUCAUAUGGAGUAUAACAGUGAAUUUAUUGGUUGACUGAAAAAUGAAUAUGUAACAAUACUGUUUCAUUAUAAAAUUUAUUUAUUUUAAUUAACAAAACAUUUAAUAAGAAAGAUUUACUUUUUUUGCUGAUUUGUGUUGUCUUUAUCAAUUUAUUCAUUAGAUUUCAAACAGUUAUUUGCUGGUCACAGUUUGUAUAUUUAUUCGGCCACAUGACAUAUUUCUUUACUAUAACGAUAACUUUUUGGUUGACAGUGGAUUAUGAAAUGGUCAGUUGCAAUAGAAUAAUCAGUGUUACAAUGUUAUUAGUUGAUGUAGUCGCGCUUACUACUUUGCAAUGUGCUUCAUAAAAUACUUCACUAUGGUUCAAAAUGUCAAUAAUGCUUAGUAAUUAUUAGCUUUGCUUUCACAAAAAUUACGAGGGGGUUGUAAACGACAGAGGCAGUAAUUGGUUGAAAACCAUGAAAGUCACUGAUGGUUCAAUUUCAGUCAAGUAAUAAUUGUCAGAGUUAACUGGAAAUCACUAGAUUUCAUGUUAAGAUUUCUACUGCUGGCUUUCAGAUGUGAAGUUUAUGUUACACUACAAUCCCUCAGUUAUCCACUAUUUACAAGAAGCAUUUCUGCCUUCAUUUACAACAAAGCACAUCAUAUCUGAAUAUUCUCACUACUAUAGGCCACACUUUUUUGACGAACUCAAAGAAUAAAGGGGAAGAAUCUAAUAAUACGGCAAUUUUUCUGAUGACUUUUGAUUUUUCAUAGAAUUAUCAGGGUGUGCAGUAAACAUGAAGUGGGUUAAGUAAGCAUUAAGUAAGUAUUAAGUUGAGGCGUUAACGACAUCAUUAACAAACAAAAUUUAUCAUAUUUUCAUUGACAAAAAUAGAUAAUACCAAAGUUGUUUAUAAAGGUUUUGAUAAGUUGAAGGCUACUAACUGUUGUCUUUUUUCACAAAAAGUGUAAUCAAGCUCAUAUCAACAAAAUACAGAAUUCUACAGUAUAAAAUAUACAUGUACAUAAAUUUCUUCACAUCAACAUUUUUCAAAAGCGAUGUACUUAUGUUAUACUUUUAUCAUUUCAUUAAAUUAAAGCUAUCAACAUCGUGAAAUGUUGAUAAGUUAGUUAAAUUCUAGUAGUCUUGUAUUCUGUGAGAUAGAUGGCUCGAUCAAAAGUAUUCAUUUGGACUUCUUAUCAUCACCUUUAUGAUUGAAAAUUAUUAUCAUGACAAAAUAUAACUUACUAAUAACGUUUCAAUGUAUUGGCAUUCAACAAAUUAUUAUGAAUAAAAAUGACAAACUUUUGUAUAAUUUAAUUAAAUAACCUAAAAAGUAAAAACAAUAAUCUUUAUCAUAUAUCAGUGGGAUUAGAUAUAAUCAAACCAUGAGAUGAUAAUUUAAAAUUUCCCAAUAGUUAUAUUUAAUUUUUCUUAAUAAACCAUUUCUACUGUAGACGAAUCGAUGAAAUACUCAUUUACAUCACAUACUACCUGUAUGUGCAUAAAUAUUUUAUUAAAAUAAAUGGGUGGUUAUCAUUUUUCUUUAUGAAAGAUUAAUAUUCUUACUAAACGGAUCGCAAGAGAUUUCAACCUCUUACUCCUCCCAAGUUACCCUUAAACGUAUUGAGUUAUUGUGCGUUGUGAAUGGACGACUCAGAACUCUAGACCCAGGUUUCGUGCUAUUUUAAACUGUUCAGCAUGAUAUUAGUAAAGACUUGAUGGAACUGAUCCUCCCUGAUAAAUUUGACUUCGUAUCGUUCAGUUCCACCGUCAGAGAUAUCACAAUAAAUCUAUUUGGGCCACGACUAACCUCUUGCAGCACUGAUACAUUUGCAAGUGAUUGGUUAAUGAUUAGUGACCACUGUUACGUUUGCCUCGUAUUUUUAUCGAUAAAGUUAUGAAUAUCUCAAUCCUACAGGACAUUACAGCAUGAUCAAUAGAACUUGAUCUGCAAAAAGGAUUAGACAUGCAUGACAUUGGUCAGUACUCAGUAAUCAGUAAGUAGUAUAUCCUCAAACGUGAUAAAAAAACUCAUAUUUAACCGAAAAUUUCAUUAUUUAAUGUAAUCUCUUAUUUCAGUUGAAACAUAAAUUUUUAAUACACUACUGAAAAAUCAAUUUUUAGUACACAACACUAAUUUAACAUAUCGUUUGAUACUUUAACUAUUUAAUUACGUCUAUUCAUAAGUACAGAUUUCUUAGGGUUACGACAAACAAAUAAUAAGACAUAGAAAACACCAAGUUCGAAUAAGCUUUCUCUUAUGGGAAAUGUAUUUAAAUGUCCUAAAAGAAUCAAAGCUAUGAAUGACAAUUCAAUUAUAGAUGUGAUAAGAGUAUUAGGCUAAAAAGUAACGCAUGAAUUUGUACUUUUCCUCUAUAAAAAAAUUGAAUUCAUGAAUGAAUAUUUUUCUGAGUUAAAUUUUGAAUGAAUUAGACUCCAACUUAAAAACUUUUCCGAGAUGGUUUAUUCUAAUAAUAAAAGUAAACUGUUCAAGAACUGUUUGGGACUGGCAAAACUGCAUAGUAUAAAAUGUCUUGAGCUAUCUGUAGUAAAAUAUAUUCAUAUAAGUCCAUGAAAAAUAUAAAUUUUUGUGAUUGGAUAUUAUUUAUUUGAUACCACUUAUUUUUAAAAUCACAAUUUACAAAAGGUUCACAAAACGUUCUGUAAAUUGGAUUUUUAAGUGUAUGUAUUUCUUUUCAGAAUUUGUCGUCUUAAAAAGAAAGCGUUUCACGAAGCCAAUAAAAUUAAAUAUCUUGGAUUGGAGAUUGAGUACAAUGAAUUGGCUUCAGUCAUAGUAAAAAUAAAAGAAUUGAUUACAAAAGCUCUGAAAAAUAAUUUACCAUCAGAAAAUUUACGUUAUGAAUUAGCGAAUCAGCAACACUUUUAUAUGUCUGAAAAUCAAUUGAAUAAGGUAGACUUAUCAUCAACAUCAUCAAGUCACACUGGAUCGAUAGCAUUGACACAAUCUACCGUAAAACUUUUUCCAAAUAUUUCGGGAUCAGUGUUUAAACAAGCUUUAGUAUUCUAUGAAACAACACAUGUUACCCGGACAGCUGAAAGAAUGGAUAUAUUAGUCGAUGAAGUCAUUCAAAAUUAUUCAUUCUCCUGUUCUUUAUCUUCUGGUAGAACUGACUCAUUUGAACGUGAUAGUCAAUCUUUUACAUCAAAUAGAAAAUACUAUACUCCUUUACUGCAAGCAUUGACAAAUGCAAACAUGUAUUACAACAAUCACGAUGAGGAUAAGUCAUCGGAUACUAAAAAUUCAAAUGUUAUCUUUCACGAAACACCAGAAAUGAACAAAGCAAACGAUAUUCCACAAGAUACACAACAACAAUGUCCAUCAACAUCUAAAUCAAAUUAUCCAAGACCACCACCAGAAUUUAAACUAAUUUAUGAAUGACAAAAUCAUUGGCAUCAAAGAAACUAUUAAUUAACGAAGUAAUUCUCAUUCAAUCCCUUCUAUCUUCACAACUAAAUUUGUUUAAUAAGUAAAACUUAUACCUUGAACUAACUAAGCUGAAGUGUUUUGUCACUUUUUUAUUCUUAAAUAAAUAGUCAUUUUAUUGUAUGGAGGUAUAACUAAACACUGAUAAAAAAACUGUGAUAAUGUGUUUUUGUUUUGAAUAUAAUAGAUAAUCUAUUGUUCAUUCUAUGUUUAUAUUUCAUUUUAUACUGUUGUUCUGAAAUACUCAUCUUUCUAUAUCAUUUCACCAUGUUAUCAUUCUAUACUUUAUAUGCUUAUUCAGCAUACAUAUAAGCAUUCAUACGUUAUACCAAAUGUUAAUAUUUUCAUUUGAAAAUCAUCAUACUACUAACAAUAAUUAUGUAAUAAACGAUGUUAACAAGAUUUAUAAAUUUAUUAUUAUUAUUUUAAACAAUUUAUUUCACCUUUCAUAAUCAUUAUUCUUUUUCUCAUUUACAAAUUAUUAAUGUUAAUAUAUUUAUCUCCCCCUUUUAUAAAGAAACAAAAAAAAACACAACAGAAACUACUUGAUUCAUUUCAUGUCUUUGUGUGCAUAAUAGUAAGAAGUGUAUCUUGAUAAUAAAUAAUAUUAUUAGUUGUAGCAGUGAUAUUUUUAUCAUUAUUAUUUACAUUAUUAUUAUUUGUAGUAGAAGUGCGGGUUGUAGCAGUAAUGGUGACACGUUGAAUUAGUGCGGUUGUGAAAUAUGUAUAUAAGUGAUACAUUUGAUGAACAUUCCAAUACAAGUUUAUGCUACAUCUAGUAAACAAAUUAAAAAUGAUGAUAAUAAUAAUAUGUGUGUAAAUUAAUUCAACUUGUUAAUAUAAAAAAACUACUUUUCUCUUGUUAAACAGUGUUGCUAUUCACGUUUAUCAAUGUGUCUAGUUUUCGACUAUUACUCAAUUAAUCUACCAAGUUGUAAAUUCACUGUCUUGCAGUCGUUAAAUUAAUUAUUCAUUUGUCCUAUAUCUCCACAUAGAGACAUUUUAAAUUUACUGUUAAUACUUAUAUGGAUCUUAUCACUAAAGUAAUAUGUCCAAGAUAUUAUGUCUGUUCGACACUCUGCAAAGAAAAUAGACAAAUAUAGUUUUUAGCAGUAAGAACUUCGUCAAUAUGGAUAAUUGAAUUGUGUGUUCUAAAG